AUGCCUUUGCUUCAAUCGGAGGUUUGCAGCGGCGGCGGUCUUAAUCAACCCUCCAUUUCGCUGGCUGACGGUUCUGCGAUGAAUCUUCCCGAUUUGGUUUCGUUCCUGGCGAAAGUUGGAUUGAUCCAGGACAGGAACUGCUUGGUUCAGGGAGCACAGAGCCGCUACAGACGGAGAUCGCCCACGACGGCGGCCGGCAGCGGGUUCCGUUAUAGGCAGAGAGGGCCAAAGCAAACAGCUUCAACUGCAAGUGGAAAAGAAGCGUCGCCCUCUGGUUCUCUCCCCGAGUACUUCCGGCUGGCGGCGAGUCCUUUCGGCGGCAACAAGAAUUCUGGGCGGCAGUUCCAUUUUCUCUACAGUUACAUUCCCACGAUUCUAUUCUAUGCGUGCAGCACCGGAGCAGAAGCUGUUCUAUUUUGCUGGAGUACCAUGGCGCCGGAACCGCCCAAGAAGCUCAAGUUUGCGCCAAAAGCCCCUCCUCGGCGGGCACCGAAGCCUGAAGUUAAGGCAGAAAAGGUCGAGGAGACUGAUGCCGAACGGGCUAUGAAACUCAUGCAACAGUUUGAAGAAAGGUCACUCAGGGGAAGGAAUAAGAUCGAAAAGAAAGUGCAAGCAUCGCAAGUUGCAUUUGGAUUUGGUGGGAGCUCUACCUUAAAAUCAUAUGGCAUGCCCAAACUUAAGAGCAUGGGUAACAGAGAUCAGAGUUCAUCUUUUGGUGGUACUGCUACACCUGGGCUGGCUCAGAAAGAGUAUGAAGAACCAUGGGAUUAUUACAGUUAUUAUCCCGUUACACUUCCCUUGAGGAGACCAUAUUCAGGAAAUCCAGCAACUCUUGACGAGCAGGAAUUUGGGGGAUCUGGAGAACAACCAACUUAUGAUGAAGACAUACCAAGCCCUGCUGAGGAUCUUGAUUUAUUGGAGGAAAAUGUUGAACCCAGCAUGUUCUUUAUUCAGCUACCCACUAUGUUGCCUGUGACUAAAAGAUCGUCUACCACAGAAGGGAAAGAGGUAAAGGAAAGGUCUGCACCAUCUGGAGGUGCAGGAUGCAGAUUAGAAGAAUUACCUCCUGGGUUCAUGGGUAAAAUGCUAGUGUAUAAAAGUGGUGCGGUUAAGCUUAAGCUUGGUGAUACCAUCUACAAUGUUUCUGUCGGUAUGGAGGGUACAUUUGCUCAGGACGUUGUUGCAAUUAACACAGCGGAGAAGCAGUGCUGCGCUGUUGCAGAGAUUGACAAGCGUGCAAUUUUGAUCCCCGAUGUUGAAGCCAUCACAAACGCCAUGGCUGAUUUAUGAUGAUAUACACCCAAAUCACAAUAGAGUGAAGCCUAUAAAUUCAUUAAAUUCUUUCAAGAGAAAGCCAUACAGGUUACACAUCCAAAUUUUGCCUCGUGAUGUAUUACUGAUACCAACUAGUGUCCGAAGAAGAGAAAUAUGAAGGAAAGAAAUGAAGUUUCAGUUAUGUUUUUUUCCAGUCCUGGAUCAUUAUGAGCUGUUGCAAAGAGAUUAUCUUGUUAAGAAGUCCUCCUAGUUUAAGUUAUUUGAGUGAUGCGGCCGUUCUUAAUCUUGUUUAGCUUCUGUUGAUGUUAUUGGAACAGAUGAAACUAGAGAAGGAACUUGGUUGUGAUCUUGUUCAGAUGCAUGUUCUUGAGCGCACAGUGAACUGCACAAUUGAGCUUUCCCGACCUAUGGUUCCCUUUUUUGGUUCAUACAAAAAGUC